ACCAGAAGUAUACGGACCCCGUAAAUAUGACAAAACCCCGCCCCCGCCUCUCCCUUGCCGCAGCUUAAGCUUUUUUCAACUCAAUAAUGACGGCUUCUUUCAUGCUCAGAUCUUCUUUCCUCUCCCCUCCUUGUCCCCAACUCCAUCACCAAUCCCCUUCCAAAUCUAAUCACAGUAUUCACUUCAUCAAUCCAAUCAAAGCCACCGCCUCUACGAACGAUGCAAUUAUCCCUCCCCAAAAGCAUCGCCGCCCCGCCGACGAGAACAUCCGCGAAGAGGCGGCACGCCGCCCCAGCUCCUCCCACAAUUUCUCCGCUAGGUACGUUCCUUUCAAUGCCGAUCCCAGCUCCGACGAAUGGUAUUCUCUCGAUGAAAUUAUAUACCGGAGCCGCUCCGGUGGCUUACUUGAUGUUCAGCAUGAUAUGGACGCUCUAAAGAAAUUUGAUGGCCAGUAUUGGCGGUCACUUUUUGAUUCACGUGUCGGUAAGACCACGUGGCCUUACGGUUCAGGUGUUUGGUCUAAAAAGGAAUGGGUCCUACCUGAAAUUGAUAGUGACGAUAUUGUUAGUGCUUUUGAAGGUAACUCUAAUCUGUUUUGGGCUGAGCGUUUUGGCAAACAGUUUCUAGCCAUGAGUGAUUUAUGGGUAAAACACUGUGGAAUUAGCCAUACAGGUAGUUUUAAGGAUUUAGGUAUGACCGUUUUGGUGAGUCAAGUGAACCGGUUAAGGAAAAUGCAUAAACCGGUUGUAGGUGUGGGCUGUGCUUCCACUGGUGACACGUCAGCUGCAUUGUCAGCUUACUGUGCAUCUGCGGGGAUUCCAUCGAUUGUGUUUUUACCAGCAAAUAAGAUAUCUAUGGCGCAGCUGGUACAACCAAUAGCUAACGGAGCUUUUGUGUUGAGUAUUGACACUGAUUUUGAUGGUUGUAUGCAGUUGAUUCGCGAAGUCACUGCAGAGUUGCCUAUUUACUUGGCGAAUUCGUUGAAUAGUUUGAGGUUAGAAGGGCAAAAGACUGCAGCAAUUGAGAUUUUGCAGCAAUUUGAUUGGCAAGUACCCGAUUGGGUGAUAGUACCUGGAGGGAACUUGGGUAAUAUAUAUGCUUUCUAUAAAGGUUUUAUGAUGUGCAAAGAGUUGGGGCUAGUUGACCGUAUCCCUAGGCUUGUGUGUGCUCAAGCAGCUAAUGCUAAUCCGCUUUACUUGCAUUAUAAAUCCGGUUGGAAAGACUUUCAACCCGUGAAGGCGAACACCACAUUUGCAUCUGCUAUACAGAUUGGUGAUCCAGUGUCUAUAGAUAGAGCUGUUUUUGCCCUGAAGAACUGUAACGGGAUAGUGGAGGAGGCAACGGAGGAGGAGUUGAUGGAUGCUAUGGCUCAGGCAGACUCGACUGGGAUGUUCAUUUGCCCGCACACUGGUGUGGCAUUGACUGCCCUGUUCAAGUUGAGAAACAGUGGAGUUAUAGGACCAAAUGACAAGACUGUGGUUGUGAGUACAGCACAUGGAUUGAAGUUUACUCAAUCAAAGAUUGAUUACCACUCAAAGGAAAUAAAGGACAUGGAAUGUCGGUUUGCUAACCCACCUGUGGAAGUGAAGGCAGAUUUUGGAUCAGUCAUGGAUGUUCUCAAGAAAUAUUUGUUGAGCAAAAAUGCCAAGCACUGAUUUCUUUCUCAGUUAUAACAGGUUCAGAUGAUGGUGGACUAUUUGGUAAGAUCAGUCUAACCACUAUGCUUUGUUUGCAAGUUUUACUGGAUAUUGCAAAUUACAAUUGCUUGGAUGAAGAAUGUGUACUUGAUGAAAUUUUAGGGUUGCGAAUUGGAGUAUAGACUAAAAGUGCAGGCUGACAAAGAAGAAGAUGAGGUGAAGGGUAAGCAUUCAAAUUCCAGCAUGACUUUUUGUGUGAGUAAAGUACCUGAUGUUCUAGCGCCGAGCUAUAGACCCAGCAUUUUUUAUCCUUCGACUUCCAGUUGCUUAAGAAUUGAGGGGCUUAAUUAUCUGCAGCUCACGCUGGAAGCUUGAAGUAGCUUUUUAGUUUGCUUUCAUUCCUACACAUAUCUAAUCCAAUAGUUGUUGGAGUAAAAUAUUUCUGUUAUUUUGC